AUCUUGGCACACGCACUCAUCUUCUUCUGCUCGCAUGACGAUGGCCCGAGACACCUCAGAGGCUAUCCGGGCGGCCACAAAUGGGCAACAUGAUGCUCAUGGAGCCGCAAUGUCAAGUAAUUCGGAAAAGGUGGCUCGCUACCUCGAGGUGAUCCAGAAGCUGGUCACGGCCUGGAUGAAAGAGGGAGAGAAUGACAGAACUCCUGUCGCAAAGUGGUCUGACAGCAAGUCUCUUCGAGAGAACGUCCGGCUACGUGUGCACGAGGGCGACGGCGUGGGGGACGAGGCGCUGUUCGAGGCCAUGUCGGAAGUGCUCGACAACAGCGUUAAUCCGUGGACGGGCCGGUUUCUCGACAAGCUCUAUGCAGCACCACAGCCGCUGGGCGUAGCGUCAGAGACGCUCUUGGCGGCCAUCAAUGCGAAUGCCCACGUCAUGUCCGCCUCGCCGAUGCUCUGUCUCGCGGAAGAAUGCUGCGCAUCGGCCUUCGCGAGAUUGUGUGGUUGGGACGAGGCCCGCUCUGAUGGGCUGACGAUGCCAGGUGGAUCCUCAUCGAACACUUUAGCGGUGCAGACUGCCCUGUCGACACUUUUCCCUUUCUUUCACACCGACGGCGUCUUAGGGAUCGGCCAGGAGCUAGCCAACCGUGGCUUGCAAGGUCGCUCUGCCGCUGCUUGCCGGCCUCUUAUCUUCACCAGCGAACAGUCACACUACAGCCUAGACAAGGCCGCCAUCGCGUGCGGUCUCGGUCUGUCGUCCGUGGUCAAGGUGGCUUGUGACGAUCGCGGACGAAUGGAUCCGAAGGAGCUCGAAUUGCUUCUCUCUGCUGCCUUCAGCAAAGAAAAUACCGCCUCAUCGCCCCGAGGUUUUCCCUUUUUUGUCAAUGCAACCUCUGGCUCGACCGUCAUGGGGUCAUUCGAUCAGCUCGACGAGAUCGCUGCGGUGUGUCGAAAGCAGCCGCACCCUGUCUGGCUCCACGUCGACGCAUCUUGGGGUGGUCCCGUAUUGUUUUCUCAAAGCGCAAGAAAACUUAUGAGCGGCAUCGAAGCUGCCGACUCGAUGGCCAUCAACCCUCACAAGCUUCUGAACAUACCGCUCCAAUGCUCCUUUGCGCUCUUCCGCAACGGAAAUGCUCUCGACAACAACGCUCUUGACGCACCGUACCUCUUCCACGGUCGAGAUUCAACGUCGAAGGAGCAAAAGGACGCCGAGCGAAAGCUGGCGCGAAGAGAAAAUCCAGCUUUGAUGGCAUACGGCUGCGGGCGGCGAGGCGAUGCGCUCAAGAUGUAUCUCGCUUGGCUCAGCGCGGGCUCGGUGGGCUUUGCCAGGCACGUAGAGCGAGGUAUGAGCCUGGCCAGAGAAAUCGUCGAUUUGAUUCGAACGCCCGCAUACGCAUCCAGGCUGGAGCUGGGCCCGGCGUCUGCCUCGGACGAAGACGAUGACGGGCCUGCAUUUCUGCAGGUCUGCUUCCGGCCCGCAUUGCCGCAGGGCCAAUCUUUCAAAGAAGAGCAAGAAAGGAGCGAGAUCUUAUCCAAGGCCACAAGACAUGUCUAUGAGACGCUCAAGGUGCGCAAGAGAUUCGCCGUCGACUUUGCACCACUGCCUCGAGGCAUCGGCGACUUCAUCAGGCUCGUCACACAUCCUUCCACGACGGUAGAAAACUUAAGAGAUCUUGUAGAACAGGUGGCCGUCAUCGGGGAGGAAUACUUGAGUAGAGAAGGGUAGAUGAUCCCAAAUGGUAUUUCACUACUACUGCUACUGCAUAAGACGAAGAUUCUUUGAAUAAGGGACCGAUGGGAGAUUCAACUUGAGGUUUACAAGAAGAAGUAGGGCGGUGAUUAGGUGAUGAGCUUCUUGGAUGGCACCCUUUACAUGCU